AUGCAAUCUUGUGUCGGAAUCACCUGUUGUUUAUCAUUUGGAGUAAACAUGAAUCUUAGUGACAGUGACAAUGAUACUCUAAUUGCCUCGUGUUUCGACUUUAUUGAUGUAAAUGAUAACUUUGAUAGUGACAAUGACGACGACGACGAUGAUGAUGAUGACGAUGAGCAUGAACACUACUCUUACCACUCGGUCAACAAUAUUCAACAGUAUUUUGGCAAGUCUGGAGGCAGUAGCAACGGACAUCAUCACCAACAGCACCAUGGUGGUAAUCACCACCACUCCAGGGUGAAUGGCGUGGUCGGCCGUGCAGGUGCAGGUGCUUUGGACAACGGUGGUGAAAACCAUGCAAGUGGCGACAGUGAUCUAGAUGCAUCCGAUGACGACAUCUUUAUUCAACCACAUAAUUACGCACACCAUCAACCUGUCAGCAACAACAACACUGGAAACGGUAAUCACAACGGUGUGGGUACCAUCGGUGGAAGCGGCCACGGCAACAAUAGCAACUUAAUACAGCGACGUCGCCGAGGUGCACCCAAAGCACAAGAUGGCAAUGAUAGCAGUGACGACAGCAGUGACAAUGAUAGUAGCUUUGACGAAAGUGGAGAUGAUAAUAAUUUGGUAUCAAACAGUAACAAUAAUAAUGGUAGCAGACAGCAUCAACAUCAACAUCAACAACAACACAACCAUCAUCACCAUCACCACCAACAACAAAGCAUGUCUCGUCAACAACAACAACAACAACAACAAUCAUCAAUAUCUCAGCAAUCACUUCAAAACAGACCAAAGAAACAAUUUGAACCUUCUAUACAAGCAUCUCCUUCAAUAGUACCACAGCAACAACAUCAAGAAAGACAAUCAACUCCAUCCAAGAAGCAACAGCAAGAUAGACAAUCGGGUAAUAAUGGUAAAUUCAAGAAAUCUGGAAGAAACUCAUCGAAGGAUUCAGCUCCAUCCGUUGUCAAAAUUCUAAAGAGAAAUGAGACAAGUGUUGAUCCAGAUCAAUUGAAUAAAAUGUUUACACCAACGAAAGGAGACAAACAAACUGUUACCGCGGUUGUUUCAACUGGAUCUUCUUCGGCUGCUGCAACAGCAAAUGGCAAUGGCCAGAAGCAGCCAAAGAAAUCAAAAAAAGAGAGAUCCUCCGAUAAGAAAAAGUCGGCUGGUAACAACGAUCAUCAUCACCAUCAGAAUCAAAGCAAUGGAAAUGGUCAAAAUGCUGUACAGCUUACGCCGCUUCAGCAGCAGCAACUUCAAUUGGAAAUGAAGCAGCGGUAUCGCGAGGAAAAAGCAGUCGGUCGUAUCCUGGGUGAAACACCGACUCCUUUCGAUUUGGAUACAGUGACAUUCACAUCGCUCAACAAUUUCGAGCUGAAUGAAAUCGUUUUGGUUCCACGUUCGCGUGGUGGUCUCACCUAUGGAAAGAUCCACGAGAUUCUCUCGUCCUCUCAGUGUCACCACGACACGAGCGUACAUCAUCCCGGUACAAACUAUCGUGCGAUCUAUCCAUCCGGUGCCAAAAAAGACAAUCUCUUCAAGGAUUUGCCAUCUUCCUACCUUGGAAAGUUGCAAUCCUACGAAAAGGUUGUGCCAAUCGCUGGUGGUGACAACUCGGCUACCACUCGCCAAAUCGGACAAAAGGCAUCGGCUAAGGAUCUCCAGAAUCUAGUAUUCUCACCAGCUUCCAAGUUUCUACCGAAUCAGAUUGCUCUCAUCCCGAGAAGCAAGGGUGGAUUCACCUAUGGUGGAAUCAUCAAGGAGUGCAGAGUUCCAUGCAAGGUCGGUGAUAUCAAGCAUGAAGUUCAAGGCUAUCGUGUCUUGGUAGAGAAGAGAAACGACACUACCAUCAUCAAAGAUCUCAUCGUUGGAAAUAUUGGUAAGAUAUUCAGUGUUGAGAAUCAACAGCAAGUAGCUCAACAACAACAACUACAACAACAAAAGAAUGAAAAGAAACAGCCAAUCAUAAAUAAUAAUAAUAAUAGUAAUAAUAAUAAUAAUAGUAGUAUGGAAUCAGCUGUCUUAUCAACUCCAUCUGCAAAGGAUGAUGCUGGUAAUGACUCUACUGGUGACGAUGUUGCAAAGGUUGAUAAAGAUGAGAAACAUAAUUCUGGUGAUGACGAUGACGAUGAUGAAGAAGAGAUUCUAUGGCAUGGUGAAUCAUCUGGAACUACAAGUUCCAGCGCCAAUAACAACAAUACAACAACCACUACCACUACAACUUUUGAAACACCACAACUACCUGCUCAAUCUAAACUUCAACAACCACCUGCUCUUGGUGCAAGAGGAGUUAUCGAAGUACCAUCAGACUCUGUUGUUUUCACAAAGAACAAAAAGAACAAGUCAUCCUCUUAUUUGGUUGUUAUCGACGGACCGAAUGUCGCAUUGAAAUACGGUAAAAAGAACUGUUUCUCUGUGAUUGCCAUCAAGAAGGCGUUGGAUUACUACAUUCAACGUGGCUAUGAAGCGGUUGCAUUCGUUCCAGAGUCUGUUGCCUCGAGAAAACCAACCGGUCCAAACGCACCAAUGAAGUUGUUGGAUUUCCAACCGGUCGUCGAUAACUUUGCCAUGUUCCAAGAGCUGGUUGCCCGAGAGUUGGUUUGCUUGACGCCACCGCAAGACUAUGACGAUAGCUAUGCGAUCCAAUACGCCAAGAAACACAACGCCAUCAUUGUAACGAACGACCGCUACAACGAUCACAUCAACAAGCAAGAGACAGACGCCGAGAGACAGAAAGCCAGGAAGUUCAUUCGCGAACACUGUAUAUCGUUCACCUUUGUUCGUCAGGAAUUCCUUCCAAAUCCAGACUUUCAAUUUCCAAACACUUAA